AUAGAAACUGUUGUUAAAAAUUACAUCUCUGUAAGCUUCCUGGUGUAAUUGGGAAAAGUUGAAAAGAAACAAAAACAGAGCGCGCGAGAGAGACCAAAUAGUGAUGUAAAACUAAUGAGAAACAUAUUUUUGCAUGCAGAAUAUUCACACAUGAAUUUAAUUAUUACGCAGUUGCUCUGCCGUUUGCUGGUCUCUAUGCUGAAUAAUAUUUUUCAAAUGCAGUUGACAGAGAUGUUUUCCCCCUCCCAUUGGUCUCUUUUUCCUUGCAACAACAGGAAAUAAGCAGCACACACAUAAACAGAAGAAGAUAAUUAAAUCAAUUGUCAUACUUUCAAAUGUUUCAGCCAUUAGUUUAAUUCAUAACACUGGACUUGAUCUGGGAGCCGUAUCACUUUUUUUUUGUAUAGGACUGUAACCCUCCGCUUAGUUUUGAUGCUGUAGUCUGUGCACAGAAGUCAAAGAACGUGCCAGCAAAUACCUAGAUUUGCACAUAAAUUUGAUUAAUCAGAAAGUGAUACAACAUAAUGCAAGUGCCCUUUUUACAGUACAACUGAGAAGAAGGGUGCCUUUCGGCAAUGAGGAAGAGAAUGUUUUCCCCCCUGCUGCUUUGGUGCAUAUUUAAGAAUUAAUCGUCUUGAUAAACACUCCUCCCCCUCCUCCUCUUUCCUCUCUCUUCCUCUCUUGUUCUGGUUUAGCUCCGUUCUAGAUAUAAUAUUAGCUACAUUUCAGGAAGGCAGGUCUAAAAAGCUCUUCUGUGCAAACAGACGUAAAAGUGGAAAUAAAUUCAAACAGCUGAAAUACAUUCAAACAAUUUGGUGGAGAAAUCAACCACUGUAUUUGUUCUAUUAAAGUCGAUUUUACUUCACUCGCUUUAAUUAUAGUUUUCCUGUGAUAAUUGUGUGUGUGUGUGUCUGAGGUGUUUUAAUAUAAUGUAAUUGGCAAUGUUCCAGAAGUGCAUAUUCGUUCAAAUUUCCUUUCACACCUUCUAUUAAAAGAUAGUUUCGAAAUCCGGUAAAUUUACCAGGAACACAGUGUUUAUAGUAUAAUUCAAAUGCAUCGAUUAAUUCUUGUGUAUCUGGUUAAAUGAUUUUUUUGGAGAUUCUUAUUGUGGUUUUAAAUCUGGUGCAUUCGGGAUUUCUAACUGGAGUUUGUUGUCUUUAAACGUGAAAAAACAGUUGUUCAGAAAAGUCCAAGAUCCAAGACUAGUUAGUGGUGUCUAUACAAAUACAAAUUUAAAUAUCGAUUUAAAAUAUUUCUAUAUUCCUCCUCUGGUCUGUGUGGUAAGGAGCUACUCUGUAGAUUAGUUUCGGUAAGAGACUGUGAUGAAUUUGACUUUUCAUUGCCAGCUCCAGUUAGCUCGGAACUAAACGGAACAGUAUUAUUUACAGUUAGUUCCCAAACUAAACACAAUAGUAUAAUUUAACCUUUCCAAGCUCUCGUAAAUUUUUACUGCUGUGAAACACAGCGAUGCAAAUGAAUAUGCUCAUAGUUACUGACUUAAUAACAUGCCUGUGGCUCCUGAAACAAUAACUCCUUAUGAAAUAUAAUAAAUAUAUAUUUAAAUACAGUAUACCGCAACUGCUAUUUUGCUUUUUUAUUACUUCAAUUACUGUAUAAUUUUAUGUGAAGGUCUCCGAUCACAAGGUUUUUGCUGGGAACACGAACCACUGAUGGGAUGAUUAAUUAUGAUAUAAAAUAGUCCGCUUAAAAAGGGUAAUAAUACAAAAUCUGAUCUUUUAAUCUCAGUUGGCCACAAUUAAAACAAACUUUAUAGUAUAACUCAAAUAUCCCUUUGCAUAAAAACAUAUGGCUUUGCUAUAAAAAUUAUGACUGGAAAACACUGACCCAUUAAUAGCCUGCGGAGUGAUUUAUACUUUAUUGUUCUGCUACCCUGCCAUGUGACUCCGGCAACCAAUGGGCUGACAGGCAGCCUUCAACUUAUUAGGUGACUGUACUUCUUGCAAGGACCAAGUUGUUACAUGAAAUCUGCAGUUUCAUAAUUUCAGCAGGUCCUGCUCUGUGUUUGUUGAAUGGCAAUGUCGACUUCAGGGACGCUCAGCAAUUAUUAUGUGGACUCUUUCAUAAUUCACGAGAGUGAAGACCUGGUGCAGUCCAGAUAUGCCUCUGCUCCACUGGCACCGCCAACGAGACAGCCAGCCCUGAGCGAGCACCCUGAAUUCACCCCAUGCAGUUUUCAGUCGAAAACUUCAGUCUUUAGCACUUCCUGGAACCCCGUUCACCCUCCGAGCGCUAAUAAUGUGCCCACUGUGUACCAUCCAUAUGUGCAUCAUCAGGCACCAAUGGCAGCGCCUGACGGCAGGUACAUGCGUUCGUGGCUCGAGCCUAUGCCGGGCUCAUUGUCUUUCCCUGGGUUACCUUCCAGCAGGCAUUACGGCAUUAAACCUGAACCGCUCUCGGCCAGAAGGGGUGACUGUACCACGUUUGACACGCACACGUUGUCUCUGUCUGAUUAUGCUUGUGGUUCUCCUCCAGCUGAUAGGGAUAAGCAACCCAGCGAAGGUGCGUUCUCUGAAAACAAUGGAGAAAAUGAGACAAACGGAGAAAAACCACAGAUUGAUCCAAAUAAUCCUGCUGCAAAUUGGCUGCACGCAAGAUCCACUCGGAAAAAGCGUUGUCCGUACACCAAGCACCAAACGCUGGAACUGGAAAAGGAGUUUUUGUUCAAUAUGUAUCUCACUAGGGACCGUAGAUACGAAGUGGCGAGACUCCUUAAUUUAACUGAGAGACAAGUGAAAAUCUGGUUUCAAAACAGGAGGAUGAAAAUGAAGAAAAUCAACAAAGACCGAGCAAAGGAUGAAUAAUGAGGAAACACAGGUUACUUUUUUUUAAAGAAAAUCCUCCCUCCCCCCGCUCCAACCCCACCACACAAUGCGACUGUGCCCAGGCCUCGUUUUUUUGUCAUGGCAAAUUCUAAUCGUUAAUGUACCUUGUAACAGUAGCAUUGAAAUAUCGGUUUGCCAGUGCUACUGCGGCGGUACCAUAAUACUUUUAAUUUUAUAAUAGGAAAGAAAAAGGGGGCAUUAGCACGGAAGGCUGUUUAUGGGCUUGUAUAAUUCUACCUGUUCUUCACUUACAAAGAAACAAAACAAAACAAAAAAAAACUACCUUUUCGUAAUGCACAACUAUUUACGGACUGUAGAGUUUAGACUACGUAGUUAAUUUAAUUUGCCCUUUGCGCGGCAGAGAGAGGUCUGCUGUAAUACUUGAACACUGUGUUUUAUUGUGGUAAUUAUGUUUGUGACUCAACUUAUGUGCUUGGGUGCUGUACCAGAUGUGAUUGUGAAAGCUAGAAUUCAAUUUGAACUCAGGUUGUUUAUUAUAAAAGUUGCAUAGAGUAUAGCUCUGUAGUGUAAUAAGUCUUUUCUGUAUAACUAGACAGUAAACCUUUGAUUGUAAUAUCUAUCUAUCCCCAACCUAUAUAUAGAGAUAUCUAUAUAUAUAUACCAAUUUAAACAAACAAAAACAAUAAUAAAAAAAUCGCCGGAGUAUCUAAGAAUUAUGGUUCUCAAACUAUUACCAAGAAGGUCAUUUUAGUACGAAAAGUUGAUAUAUAUAGUACUGUCUUUGUCAGCUGUAUAUAUAAUCUAUAUAUUAAGGAAAAAGUAAAUAAUCAGACUAGCUUAAAUAUUGUUUUUGCACCAGUAAGCAGUUAUCAGAUUUCGGAGCUAUACAUAUAUGUGAAAAGGGUAACUACCUAUGGUUUACGUUUUAAUUUUAAUCAAAUAAUUUGAAGCUUAUUGUAAUGAAGUUUAAUUUUAUUGAUAAUAAAUUAUACACUAUAAAAAGCUACAUUUGGUUAUUGUAGAUUUGUAUCGAAUAUAAAAAUCUGGGAAGUUGUGUUUAUGCAGAACAUACACUGUAUAUUUUGCAAUAGUUACCUCAUGGCCUACUGACCAAAUU